UUCGGGAGACGCACCACCAUGGCGUCCGUUUUUACCAAUGGGCCGUGCCUCCAAAGUGAAGCCGAAGUGGUUCACCUCUACCGGAGCCUGGAAGUGGGCACCGUGAUGACUUUGUUUUACUCCAAGAAGUCCCAGAGGCCGGAACGGAAAACGUUCCAAGUCAAGCUGGAGACGAGGCAGAUCAUUUGGAGCAGAGGGUCGGAUAAAAUCGAAGGCGCAAUUGAUAUUCGUGAAAUCCAAGAGAUCCGUCUGGGAAGAAACUCCCGAGAUUUUGAUCGCUAUCAGGAGGAUCCAUCUUUCAGGCCGGAUCCAUCCCACUGUUUUGUCAUCCUUUAUGGCAUAGAAUUCAGACUGAAGACGCUCAGCCUGCAAGCCACAUCCGAAGAUGAAGUCAACAUGUGGAUCAAAGGGUUGAACUGGCUUGUGGUGGAUACCCUAAAGGCCCCAACACCACUCCAGAUCGAAAGGUGGCUUCGAAAACAGUUUUACUCCAUUGAUCGUAACAGAGAAGACAGGAUUUCUGCAAAGGAUUUGAAAAAUAUGCUCUCUCAAGUCAACUACCGUGUUCCUAAUAUGAGGUUUUUGCGGGAGAGGCUAACGGACAUGGAACAGAGAAACGGAGACAUCACAUAUGGGCAGUUUGCCCAGUUGUAUCAGAGCCUGAUGUACAACGCACAGAAAGGAAUGGCUGUUCCAUUCUUAGAAAGCAGCGGGGAGAGAUCUGAACACAGCCGAAUAUCUCUGACAGAGUUCCGGAGCUUUUUGCUAGAGUACCAAAUGGAACUUUGGGCUACCAACCUUUCCCUGGUUCAAGAUUUUAUGUUCAACUUCCUGAAGGACCCAUUAAGGGAGAUUGAAGAGCCUUAUUUUUCCUUGGAUGAGUUUCUCACCUUCCUCUUUUCCAAAGAGAACAGCAUCUGGAACUCGGAUCUUGAUGUUGUACGUCCUGAGGACAUGAACAAUCCCUUGUCCCACUACUGGAUCUCCUCUUCACAUAACACGUAUCUAACAGGAGAUCAGUUCUCAAGUGAGUCCUCCUUGGAAGCUUAUGCCCGUUGCCUGCGCAUGGGAUGUCGCUGUAUUGAGCUUGACUGCUGGGAUGGACCUGAUGGCAUGCCAGUAAUUUAUCAUGGACACACAUUAACAACCAAAAUCAAGUUUUCUGAUGUCCUAGCCACCAUCAAGGAACAUGCUUUUGUGACUUCUGACUGUCCUGUUAUCCUUUCCAUCGAAGAUCACUGCAGCAUAGCUCAACAGAGGAACAUGGCUCAGAACUUUAAGAAAGUCUUUGGUGACAUGUUGCUGACCAAACCAGUAGAUAUCUCUGCUGAUGGGCUGCCCUCCCCGAACCAGCUGAAGAGGAAGAUCCUCAUAAAGCACAAGAAACUGGCUGAAGGCAGUGCUUAUGAGGAAGUGCCUUCAUCUGCUGUUUAUUCAGAGAAUGAUAUCAGCAACUCAAUAAAGAAUGGAAUUCUUUACCUGGAAGACCCAAUCAAUCAUGACUGGAACCCCCAUUACUUUGUCCUGACCAGCAACAAAAUCUAUUAUUCUGGAGAGACAACCAAUGAUUUGGGAAAUGAGGAGGAGGAGGAGCAGAAGGAGGUGAACAACAGCACUGAACUCCACUCUACUGAAAAGUGGUUCCACGGCAAGCUGGGAGCGGGACGUGACGGGCGCCACAUAGCAGAGAGGCUCUUGACAGAGUAUUGCAUAGAGACAGGAGCCCCUGAUGGCUCUUUUCUGGUACGAGAGAGUGAGACCUUUGUUGGAGACUACACCCUUUCUUUCUGGCGCAAUGGGAAGGUACAACAUUGUCGAAUACAUUCCCGGCAGGAUGCUGGCAGCCCCAAAUUCUUCCUCACUGAUAACUUGGUGUUCAACAGCCUUUAUGACCUCAUCACCCACUACCAGCAGGUCCCACUCAGGUGUAAUGAAUUUGAAAUGAGGCUGACUGAGCCUGUGCCCCAAACCAACGCUCACGAGAGCAAGGAAUGGUACCAUGCUAAUCUCACACGCACUUUGGCUGAGCAUAUGCUGAUGAGGGUUCCAAGAGAUGGGGCCUUCCUGGUGCGCAAGAGGAGUGAGCCAAACUCUUACGCAAUCUCUUUUCGGGCCGAAGGGAAGAUUAAGCACUGUCGAGUGCAGCAGGAUGGCCAGACAGUCAUCUUGGGUAACUCAGAGUUUGACAGCCUAGUAGAUUUAGUUAGCUACUAUGAAAAGCACCCCCUGUACCGAAAAAUGAAGUUGAGGUAUCCAAUCAAUGAGGAAACGCUGGAGAAGAUUGGAACUGCGGAGCCGGAUUAUGGUGCUCUCUAUGAAGGACGGAAUCCAGGAUUUUAUGUGGAGGCAAACCCUAUGCCAACCUUCAAGUGUGCAGUCAAAGCCUUAUUUGACUACAAAGCUCAACGGGAAGAUGAACUCACCUUCACAAAAAAUGCUGUGAUUCAGAAUGUGGACAAACAAGAAGGAGGCUGGUGGAGAGGAGACUAUGGAGGCAAAAAGCAGCUAUGGUUCCCUUCUAAUUAUGUGGAAGAAAUAGCCAGCCCAGCUGGCCUGGAGUCGGAAAGGGAGCAACAGCUGGAUGAAAAUAGCCCCCUAGGAGACCUGCUUGGAGGUGUCCUGGAUGUCCCAGCUUGUCAAAUAGCCAUCCGCCCUGAGGGUAAGAACAACCGCAUGUUUGUGUUUUCAAUCAGUAUGGCUUCUGUGCCACGAUUGUCCUUGGAUGUAGCAGCCAACUCGCAUGAAGAAUUGUUGGACUGGGUGAAGAAGAUCCGCGAGGCAGCCCAGACUGCUGAUGCCCGACUCUCUGAAGGGAAGAUGAUGGAGAGGAGGAAGAAAAUAGCACUGGAACUUUCUGAGCUAGUCAUCUACUGUCGCCCGGUCCCCUUUGAUGAAGAGAAGAUUGGCACAGAGAGGGCUUGCUACAGAGACAUGUCCUCCUUUCCCGAAACAAAGGCAGAAAAGUAUGUCAACAAGAUAAAAGGCAAGAAGUUCCUGCAGUACAACCGGUUGCAGCUUUCCCGAAUCUAUCCGAAGGGUCAGCGGCUUGAUUCUUCAAAUUAUGACCCCCUCCCUAUGUGGAUUUGUGGCAGCCAGUUGGUCGCACUGAACUUCCAGACACCGGACAAACCAAUGCAGAUGAAUCAGGCCCUAUUCAUGUCAGGAGGCCGGUGUGGGUUUGUGUUGCAACCAGCUAACAUGAGGGAUGAUAUAUUUGAUCCCUUUGACAAGAACACUCUGCGUGGGCUGGAGCCACUUUCCAUCUCCAUUGAGGUUCUUGGAGCGCGGCAUCUUCCCAAAAAUGGAAGAGGAAUUGUUUGCCCAUUUGUAGAAGUUGAGGUGGCUGGAGCAGAAUAUGAUAAUGCAAAGCAGAAGACCGAGAUGGUGGUGGACAAUGGCCUGAAUCCUGCCUGGCCCCAGAAGGCAUUUCAGUUUCAUAUCCAUAACUCUGAGUUUGCCUUCCUGCGCUUUGUGGUGUAUGAAGAGGAUAUGUUCAGUGACCAGAACUUCCUUGCUCAGGCCACCGUCCUUGUUAAAGGCUUGAAGACAGGAUACCGUGCUGUGCCUUUAAAGAACAACUACAGUGAGGAUCUGGAAUUAGCCUCCUUGCUGGUUAAAAUAGAUAUUAUUCCUGGCAAACAGGAGAAUGGUGAGAUUAGCUCCUUCGGGGCUUCAGCCUUCCGAGAGCGGUCCAUAGAUUCCCCAGGGCAAAUCAUGGCAGGCCGAGCCAGAGAAGGCUCCUUUGAAACCCGGUAUCAGCAACCAUUUGAAGACUUCCGGAUGUCACAGGAGCAGUUAGCAGACCACUUUGACAAUCGGGACAGAAGGGUACUGCGAAAGACUCGGGUGAAUGGGGAUAACCGCCUCUAGCUCAGCAUUGCCUGCUGUAAAGCACCCUCCAGUGCUUGUGAUUCUCACGGAUUGCUGUGAACUGGUUUCUAUGGAAACGUCACUGCUAUGGCCUACUUUCAGGCAGCUUUUCCAGUUUCUCUUCUGAAAGGGUGUUCAAGUGGAGAAAUUUUUAAAAGAACCAAACCACGAAUCAAUGGUUUUACUGUUUUGACCACAACCUGCAACAGACAUUCCAAAAAAACAACAAAACAACAACAACAAAGAGGUUUCUCAGCACCAAAUCAGAAACUAAAUAUGUUGAAUGUGUGUAUCGAUGUCUUACCAGUUUCUGAGGCUGGAUAGAAAUGCCAAUUAUCAACUCUUUGUCCCCAUGACUGUAGUUACUGAAAGAAUGAUACCUCAGAGCUGCAGUCAAUGCAGCUUUCCUCCACUCAGCUAACCAGACCUGAAUUUUUAUUGUUAUUAUUAUUGUUGUAUUAUUGUUGCUAUUAUUAUUAAAACCCUUAAUCACAGCUUGGGCACAGAAAGAGAGGUUUCUGGGAGGGAGAUUUCAAUGGCAGAAAGAAGUGUAUUUGUUUCUUUUGGUAUUAGAGCACAAGUCCAACAGGGAGUUGACAGAGGUGGCCUCUGUGGCCAUCUCAAGCUACACAAGGCCCUCUGGGCUGUCUUUUCAAAACAAAAUGUCAGUAUUAAGGAGAGCUGGAGAGCUCCUGGCUCUUUUGUUCUUGAUGGAGCCCACCUUGCCUUAUCUGUGGUUUAGGUGCGGAAGACCAUAAACUAAAAACUGUCGAAACCACCUCCUUCCUUUGGGCAAAAACCCUGUCUUGACAAGUCUGAGGCAGAAUUAACAUGAAGAUUUUGCCGUAUAGAAGUGAUAACUGAAAUAUAAAGGUGCAGCUCUGGGGGUGGAUGGGUGGGGUGAAAAGGGAUAAUCAGUAUGCCUGAGCCAAAGCAGCCUCUGCAAUAGAAUAGAACUCUUGCCAGAGAAAUCAGUAUUUUAAUUCUUGUUCCCUUCACAAGGACUUUCAGCCAACAAUAAGGGGGCAAAACAAUAAUUUUAAGGACAGGUACAGGACAGCAAGAGCAACGAAUUUUCACGGCCAGCAUUCACAAAGAGGUUCUCCAUCACCUGUCAGUUUCCCAAGCUAUAAAAGCAACAGGCCAGUAUCCUCCUCAGUAUUUACACAUAUGUGGUCCAACUGCAGAACCUCCCAAGGCUGUCUAAUGAAGUUCCAGUCAUGUGCCCGAGGUCUGUGCUUGUCAGCUCACCACAGUGGUGUCUGCAGUUGGAGCUUUGCAUGCGCAUAAAUAUUGAACAAGGUUGUUGACCACAGGAUUCCUGUGGCGUUCAUCUCGCCGGUGCACUUCUGAUUUUAGAGAAGACUUCUUACAUGAGACCAAAUAACCUCCCUUUUUCUAAGGAAGCUUCUGACAGCAUUCGUGGGGUCAAGCCCCCAGAAGAGAUGGCCCCCAAUAUGUCAUGGAUAGACUGUGAACAUAAAAAGGUUAUACUAUACCCACGCGCCACAAUGAAAGUAAAAUUUGCUGCUGUCCUUUUCCUGUUAGACAUGUGACAUCAGCCCAGGAGUAGGACUGAACUUACUUAGGUUGCUAGAUCAGGGUGUGUACGUCUGUCAAAUAUGCUCCAAACUUCAAAGACAAGCUCCAACAUAUAUGGCAAUAUUUCCUGUAUAUAGGAGGGGCUUAGUCGUGUCUAACCACCAAUUGUGUAUGGAUUGUCUUCAGUCAACUGGGAUGGAACAGACUGCACAAUAAAAGUCCUUAAGUAA